AUGGCUCCCAAGGCUGCUGCUAAGGCUGCUCCAGGUUCCGACUCUGCCUCUACCACUGAGCAGCAGGACAAUGCGAUCAUGGCCAUGUGCCUCCGCAAGAUCGAUCCUCAUACUCACAAGAUCGAUGCCGCUGCCGUUGCCGAGGCCCUGGGUUAUACCAACCCAAAGUCCCUCGGCAACCGUUGGUCCGCCAUGAAGAAGAAGUACGAGGACAUCCGGGUCGAAAUGUCCUACCCUCCUCGCGCUGGUGGUCCCACCAGCCCCAAGGCUCCUGCGAGCCCCAAGGUGUCUCCGGACAAGGUCCAGAAGAAGCGUGGCCGCAAGCCCAAGGCUGCCAAGGCAUCUGAGCCAAAGGCUGAGGACGACGAGACCAAGGCCGAGGAGGCCAAGAUCGAGGAUCUCAAGGUCGAUGAUGACAAGGUCAGCGAGAACGAAGUUUAG